CCCGCCGCGCCCCCGCGCCCCACCUCCUUCUCAGUGUUGGACAUCUUAGAUCCCAACAAGUUCAACAGCAGGAGACGCCGGUGCGUGCUACUGGGCCCUGUGGUGCCCGCUACGUGUGCCCCAUGCGCCCCGGCGGCCGCGUGCGUCCCGGUCCCCGCUGCCUCCGGACGCUCGCCGCGCGCAGAGCUGGAACGCCGAACCCUUGCCGUCGCCACGGGAGUUGCAGCGGCUGCGGGAGCUGAGCCUACAAGUGCUGGAGACUCUUACAGGGCGGACGAGGCCGAGGCCAACGGCUACAGCAGCGGCAGCGGCCGCAGCCCGACCGCGGACAGCGAGGAUGAAGCGCCGGAGGACGAGGACGAGGACGAGGCGCCCGAGGUGCAGGAUGCUCACGGCACGGAGGAGGUGCGGGGAGGCAGCGGCGGCCUCGGGGCCCGCGGGUCGGGCUGCCCCGGAGCGGCCGAGGUCGAGGCUUCCCCUGUGGAUGAGGCCGCAGCCCCAGGCCCCCGUGGGAACUCGCCCGCAGCCCCGGGCCCGCCUGCAACAGCUCCGGGAGCGGGGGGCGCGGGGAGCACCCCGCAGGGCGCGGCCGUGGCCACCAAGCCCAAGCGGAAGCGCACGGGCUCCGACUCCAAGUCCGGGAAGCCGCGGCGCGCGCGCACCGCCUUCACCUACGAGCAGCUCGUGGCGCUGGAGAACAAGUUUAAGGCCACUCGCUACCUGUCGGUGUGCGAGCGCCUCAACCUGGCGCUGUCGCUGAGCCUCACCGAGACGCAGGUGAAGAUCUGGUUCCAGAACCGCCGAACCAAGUGGAAGAAGCAAAACCCAGGCGCCGACACGAGCGCGCCGACCGGCGGCGGCGGGGGCCCCGGUCCAGGAGCAGGGCCCGGCGCGGGACUGCCCGGCGGCCUCAGUCCGCUCAGCCCCUCGCCGCCCAUGGGCGCGCCGCUCGCCUUGCACGGCCCGGCCGGGUACCCGGCGCACAGUCCGGGAGGGCUGGUGUGCGCCGCGCAGCUGCCCUUCCUGUCCAGCCCCGCGGUGCUCUCGCCCUUCGUGCUGGGCUCGCAGACGUACGGCGCGCCCGCCUUUUAUGCGCCCCACCUCUGA